CGCCAGUAAUUUACAAUAUUUACAACAAAACAACAUUAUUAGCCAUGAUAGCUCAUUUAUAGGCUUGUCUCUAAAAACAAGCCCUGCCCUCACAGGCGUGGCAGAAUGAACUUUAUAAAUCUGCAGAGCAAUAGCUUCAGCUUUUCACAGCACAAACGGCAUCACAAUUUACUUAAAACUCAGAAAAUGGCAGAGGCAGCUAAACAUUAUGCCUUCCACGUGGGAAUAAAACGCAACUGUCCUGUGGUCAGUCAUGACGGACACAUUAGCAUAGAAUAUCUGAGAAACGCACUUCAGGAAGAUACUAAUGUAGAACAAAUAAUGCGUGACUUCAAAAAAUUGGGAAUAACCUAUGAGCUAAAACUGCUUGAUUACCUGACUAGAAGCAUCCCAAACUAUCCAACCCCCACUGAAUUUCACAUCUCAGAGGUGACUCAUGUCACUGACAUAUAUGGUCUUCACAAAAUCUUGGAGUCAGAGGGAUUCAAGGCUUAUGAUAAUGAUGAUGAGAAGUUCUCAUGGUGGAGCCUGAAGAUUGAUAAAGAGAGUAUACAAGCAGCUGAAGAACGUUAUCUGGAGAAGGUGUUCCCAGACAGAUCUCAAGAACAAACAGAAAGACAGGAGCUGUUCCUGAGCAAAUUCACCACAUCACCUGCAUUCCACAUUGACGAAUCACGCUAUGGCAACUUUCGAUUCUCUUUUCCUCUGAAUGAUCUGAUGGAAAAAUACAGGGUGCAAAUGUGUGGAGACCAAGACCCAGUUCUCAGGGAAUAUAAGACAAAGUUUUACAAGCAGGAGAUCAUGUACGUUGUUCUUGUUCACAGCCCUGAGGACAAUGAGAGGUUCAAGAAAUUCCCAAGGAUUAAAAAUAGCUUAUUCGUAGAUUAUGAGGAAAAUCAAAUUCUCUGGAAAGCACAAGCCAUUGGUGAUGACAUUAGAUUUAAACUAAUUCUGAUAAAAGAGGACAACAUUGCGAAGGCUGAACCUGUGAAUAAAGAAUAUUAUUAUUAUGUAUGGGAUCAUGUUUGCCUGGCAUUUCAUUUAAAAGAUGUCUUCAAGUUCCCAAAAGAAACCCUGAAAAAGAGCCUCACCCCUUGUAAUGUGACUAAAAUACACAGUGCAAAGGGAAAAUGCUGUUCAUAUGAAGAAGCUAAAGAAAUACUUAAUAAAUUACUGUAGUAUUAAGAGGACAGUGGAAGCAAGCACAUCUCCUUUCCAUGAGUGUGCAGGAAACUCCACAUUAGCAUUCAGCACAUUGAUAUUAAUUUAGCUUAACAUUUACUGGUUCUUUACUAUUUUCUCACCUGAUUAGUGUUUUGUAUUCUUCCAUGAAUCUUUUUUAAUGUAAUGUCUGCAUUGUUAAUACAUGAUCAAAUUUAUAAUAAUAAUUCGUUACAUUCAUAUAGUCAUUUCCUCUGCACUCAAAGCACCUCAGGGGGAAUCUUCUCGACCACAACCAAUGUGCAGAACCCACCUGAAUGAUGCGACAGAAUGCCCACCACACACCAGCUGAUUGGUGGAGAAGAGUCAUUAUAUAUUGAGAUGAUUACAAGGCCAUGAUGAUAGACAGGGGCCAAUGAGCAAGUUUGGCUAGGAGUUACAACUAUGUUCUUUCUGAAGGACAUCCUGUUUUUUUUUUUUUGUUUUUUUUUAACCUUGGAUUAGGAUGGUGUGUUUUUGGCGUGACAAUAUUGUGUCCCCAUCACUAUACUGGGGCACUAGGACCCACACUGACCACAGUGCGAACACCCCCUGCUGGCCUCACUAGCACCUCUUCCAGAAGCAUCCUAGUUUUCCAGGAGGUCUCCUAUCCAGGUACUGAUCAGUCUCAACACUGCUUAGCUGAAGUGGGCAACCAGGUGAAAGCUGCAGACUGAUAGCUGCUGACAUUUAAUCAAUAAUUAUCACGGAUCAAUAUCUAAAGGGAUAGUUCACUCAAAAAUGACAAUUCUGUCAUCAUUUACUAAACCCAAGUAGUUCCAAAACAAUGAAUUUCUUUGUUCUGCUAAACACAAAGGAAGACAUUUAGAAGAAUGUCAGUAAACAAACAGAUCUUGUUUACUGACAUUCUUUGUGAUCAAACAGAUCUUUGUGUUCAGCAGAACAAAGAAAUUCAUACAGUUUUGGAACUACUUGGGUUUAGUAAAUGAUGUCAUUUUUGGAUGAACUAUCCCUUUAAGAAGGAGUUUUUAGAUUUUUAUAUUUAUAUUCUUGAAUAAGAAGUUAAAAAUAUGCUGUGUGUGCUUCAUUAAAUGUAGUAUAUAUACACUUUACCUGUAUUUUACUUUUACCUAUAUUUACCCAACUAUACACAUAUGGCAGUAAUUUUCAUAUUUGUAAAGGUGUCUUGAACCUUCCUAUAGAAAGUGACUUUGUGUGUUACACUUUUCUAGGUAGGCCUGUUUGUCUGACUUCAGACUUUAGAGUAUGGAAAACACUCUAUGAUCAUUAAACUCUUUCACAUUUGUCUACAA